GCGAGGUCUCCACUCGAUCCUCUGAAUAAAAGGAGGAGGAUUAUGUCAGAUGCAGCUUCACUACCUCCAGUUCUCAGUGCAUCUCAGCAGAAGUCACAGAGAUGCUUUUCUCUGCUCUUCUUGUCCUGAGCAUCAGCCUGGUGCCUACUCACUCUAAACCCUCUGAAGGUCAAAAGCUCGGCAGUCCUUUUCUUUACAAAUGCUUUGAAGAAGCAAAGAAGAUAGUGGACGAUGCAUACAAAUACUCCAGAGCAGAGAGUCUCAGACGGGUCCGUAAGGAUGUAGUGCAACCCCAUGAUGCUCUCCGUCUGCUAAAGCAGCCUCGUGGUGACACCCGCUCAGCGGUUCGCUCUGCAGACUACAUGGCCCAGACUCUCCGUCUGGUCCAGGAAAAGGUGCAUACUGUGCACAAACGGUCCCUGAAUGCAACAGAUUUGCUGUGUCCAGAAGACCUGACAGAACUUGCGCGAAUAACUGGGUGCAGUGCUCAGGUCAGAGCUCCAAACUGUGUCACCACACCUAACAUCAACAAGUAUCGCACGGCCACCAGUGUCUGCAACAACCUAAAAAAUCCUCGCCUCGGAGCCUCCAACACCCCCUUUACGCGUUGGUUGCCUCCUGAGUAUGACGACGGCAUCUCCCAACCGAAAGGAUGGGACAGAAACCGAAAGAUCAACAACUUUGUGCUCCCACUGGUGAGACAGGUGUCCAACAACAUCUUGAGCACAACAGAUGCAGGGGUUGUCAGUGACAGGGAGUUUUCUCACAUGGUGACGCUGUUCGGUCAGUGGAAUGACCACGACCUCACCUUCACACCCUUCUCGCCCAGCAUCCGGUCCUUCAGCAAUGGGGUGAACUGUGACGACAGCUGCGAGCGCACUGAGCCGUGCAUCCCCAUCCCGAUCCCUCCUGGGGACCCCCGCCUGCCCUCCCGCCCUGACACCUGCCUCCCUGCCUUCAGGUCUGCCCCUGCUUGUGGAACCGGAUACUCUGCUUAUAAUUUUGGAGGGGAACCCAACAGGAGAGAGCAGAUCAACGCGCUGACGGCCUUCCUGGAUCUGGGGCAGGUGUACGGCUCUGAGGAGAAACUUGCACUGAGUCUUCGCAACCUGAGCAGCAACGAAGGUCUUCUGGCCGUUAACACGGAGUUCAGAGACAACGGCCGAGAGCUACUGCCCUUCAGUCCUAUGCAGGCCAACAUGUGUGCGACUCGCGGAAGAAUCACUAAUGACACCAACGCUAAGGAGGUGCCCUGCUUCCUUGCAGGUGAUGGCCGUGUGGUUGAGAACAUCGCUCUGACCUCCCUUCACACUCUGUUCGUACGUGAGCACAACCGUUUGGCUCGUAGACUAAAAAGACUGAACCCUCACUGGGACAGCGAGACGCUCUACCAGGAGGCCCGAAAGAUCAUGGGCGCGUACACGCAGAUCUUUGUGUUCAGAGACUACCUGCCUCACAUCGUUGGUGACGAAGAGAUGCGUAAGCGGCUUGGUCGUUACCCUGGCUACAGCCCCAACGUCAACCCCAGCAUUGCCAACGUCUUUGCCACAGCAGCUUAUCGCUUUGCCCACUUGGCAAUCCAGCCCGUUUUAUCCCGACUGGAUGCAAACAACCGAGAGCACAGCCAGUUUCCGAGCGUUCCCCUGUUCAAGGCCUUCUUCACCCCCUGGAGAAUCAUCUUUGAGGGUGGGAUCGACCCUCUGCUGCGUGGUCUGUUUGGCCGUCCAGCUAAAAUGGCCACCCAGGAUCACAUGUUGGUGGAUGCUCUGAGGGAGCGGCUGUUCCAGUUCGUGAUGCACUUGGCUAUGGACCUGGGCUCUCUCAACAUGCAGAGGAGUCGCGAUCACGGCCUGCCUGGCUACAAUGCGUGGCGUAAGUUCUGCGGUCUGUCUCAGCCUCGUAACCAGGCAGAGCUGGGCCAAGUGCUGAACAACAGUGGCCUGGCUCGUAAGCUGCUGGAGCUCUAUGGGACACCUGAGAACAUUGACGUGUGGAUGGGAGGAGUGGCAGAACCGUUUGUCCGCGGUGGACGUGUAGGGCCUCUGUUCGCCUGCCUCAUAGCAACUCAGUUCCAGAAAAUCCGCCAGGGCGACAGGCUUUGGUAUCAGAACCUGGGUGUCUUCAAUGCUGGUCAGAGGGGGGCUUUGUCUUCUGUCACACUGUCCAGAAUCAUCUGCGACAACACCGAUAUCACGUCCGUGCCUCGAGACGUUUACAGAGUCAUCUCCAACACAAACCCACUCGUGCCGUGCUCCAAUAUUCCUGCUUUGAACCUGUUUUCCUGGACUGAUAGACCCGGCAUCUUAGGAGGUGAAACUGAAGCACAAGCUGGAUCAGAGCCCAAUGGAAGUCCUGAGUAAUGAGAUCCAUUAGAGCAACCCGGCCCAGAGGGCUGACCGGACCACCAGUAUUCUGCACCUCUUCUUGGCCCUUCUGGGCAAGUGUACAGCUCCUCCUCAAACUGAAUAUUUGUUUUUAUCUGAAUAUAUUCAGUGAAUCAGACUAUUCCAUAUCUACAAGUUGCUUCAUUUACACCUCUGGUGUCCAUAAAGCAGGAAGUGCAGGUUGGGUGUUAACAGGAAUUGUUGCUGCAGGUUCAGGGUCUAUUACCGUCAGGAGACUGACUAGAUGUUCCAUCUGACCUGACCUUCUCCAGGCUGAACUUAACCUCAUAAAACACCAGUGACCUGCCUGACUCAGAAACACAGUUUAACUGGACCCUCGUCUUACUUUUAUUGUGACCUGAUCAGAUCUUUUGUAGUUUUAGCUUAAAUAAAAUUGAAUGCAGAUCUGUUACAGCUGCUUUGUUAAACCAUGAAUCUAAUUUUUGAUGAGAUGAUCAGUAUUAAGAUUUUAUGCACCGAUAAAAUGUCGAAUGAAAAUGUUCAAAGCUGUCUGCUAAUCCUGUUUCACAGCUGCUUUGGUAUCUUGUGCUGCAGUUUUCAUUCAAUAAAAAAUUCUGAGUACA